CUUAGGUAUCAUUUGACUGAUCACUGAUCUGUGUACUUGACCACAAGACAGACGACGUACAUCCCAAAAGACCAUGAUCCCAUACAGAGAUGCUCAGCGAGGAAAUCUCCACUGACAUGGACAGGAUCACUCAGUUACAAGAUGCAAUAUUGGAUCUUCUCACUAUCACUCACACAUCUAUCGAAUAUAUAACCAAAAGAACGCAGUUCGAACAGACAAGUUUGUCCAUACCACAAACAUUAUCCACCCCUCUGGCCGCACCCAGGGAGGAGUACAAGGAAUCUAUACAAGCAUUCGUUGCGGACAUUGUAAGACGGAGUCAAGAUAUAGAAAAGCUCAUCGAGGCGUUACCGAAGAAAGAUGACAGUUUCGCCAGGGCUGCAAGACUACAACAGCUUCAAGACGAAAUGACAAUAGCCAACGCGGAAUACAUGAAAGCUGUCAAACAAGCGGAAGAGCUCUUGGCAGAAUUACGCAUGGCUACGUUCGGUGUGAGACCUGCAGCUCCUCCACAGGAUCCUAGACUUCAACCUUGGGUAGAAAAGUAUCGACCGAAAACUAUCGACGAUGUGUCAUCUCAAGAAAAUACCGUCGCCGUUUUGAGAAAAGCAUUAGCAUCGACUAAUCUACCUCACAUGCUCUUCUACGGUCCACCAGGUACAGGCAAAACAUCUACCAUUCUCGCUCUCGCCCGUCAGCUUUUCGGACCGGACCUAUUCCGAUCCCGUGUGUUGGAACUGAACGCUAGUGACGAACGAGGGAUCACCGUGGUGAGGGAAAAGAUCAAAACAUUUGCAAGGGAGACUCCUAGACAUGUGAGCUUGUCUUCAGAUGGAAAGACGUAUCCCUGUCCCCCGUUCAAACUCAUCAUUCUCGACGAAGCAGAUUCUAUGACACAUGAUGCCCAAAGUGCGUUGAGAAGGAUUAUGGAGACUUAUUCUCGGAUUACUCGAUUUUGCUUGGUGUGCAAUUAUGUAACGAGAAUCAUAGAACCCCUUGCAUCCCGAUGUUCCAAAUUCCGCUUCAAACCCCUCGCUCAAGGCAGCUCUCAAGCGCGUAUGGAGAUGAUCGUAAAAGCGGAGGGCGUAGACAUAGAGGAUGGCGUGUUAGACCGUAUUCUCGAAUUGGCCGGAGGAGAUCUGCGUAAGGCCAUUACAUUUUUGCAGACUGCUCAAAGGCUACAUGGAGCGACUUCACCUCCAACUCCUAUCUCAGCCAUGUCAAUUCAUGAAAUAUCCGGAGUUGUACCAGACACAACUAUCCAUUCCCUCCUUCGGUCCAUGGGCGUCGAUCCAUUCUCCGGUAUCGACCUUUCCAUUCGUUCCACUUUUGACACAGUCCGGACCGCCGUCAAGUCCAUUUCCCGAGAAGGUUGGUCCGCCGGUCAAGUCCUCGAACAAUUACACGACGCUUUGAUACCCAUCCCCACCAUUCCCGCUAUGCAGAAAAGUCAAGCGGCUCUGGCUAUCGCCGAAUGCGACAAGGGGUUGUGUGAAGGGGGGGAUGAAGAAUUACAGUUGUUAGAUUGUUGUUUGAGGAUAAGGGAGGUGAUGGGGAGAUGA